AUGUUAUCUAAAGCUAAUUCAUUUUCAUUGGAUGAGUUCGAGUAUAAUAUAGAAAGUCAGAUAUUCAGUUUAAAUAAUUCAAGAAUUAGUAAACACGACAAAGAAUUAGAUGAUCAAAUAUCAAAGAAUAAUAAAAUUAUUUCUGAUAGAGAUGAUACAGAAAAUGUUAAUUAUAUGAAAGUUGAUAAUUUAGCUAUAUCUGAUCGGAUCAAAGAAAACUUGACAAUCGAUCAUAGUUCAAAUGACAGUUCAGAAAUUUCCGAUUUAACGGAAUCUCAAGCUGAAAUAGUUACAUUUAAAGUUUUAGAGGAAUUAAAUAAAGUUAAAAAUUAUUUAAAUAGAAAGUUGACUAAAUGCGAUUCCGGGUACAGAAGUUUUCAACCGAGGAGUUCUGGCGGUAGCGCGUCACAGUGUUCUAGUUUAUGGAUCAACGAAUCCGCUCAUUGUUUAAUGAGUUUCCUCACAACCUGCCCAUUAGUUAUGAGUACUUCUGAAAUAAGUGAUGACAUUUCUAAAGUAUUAGGUAAAUUAAUAGACAAAUUACACGAAGACGAAAUCUACCCGAAAUUUCUCGAAGAAAUCCUAAAUAUAUGUAAUGAUUUAUUAAAUACAAUUUACGAAGGACCCAAUUAUGGGGAGAACAUACUAAACAAAGAUGAAAUAGUACAGCGUUUCCUAUUUCUCAAUCGAUCAUUACAUAUAAUAAAAUAUUCAAUAGAAAAAAUAACAACUAUAUUAGAAAAGACGUUGGAUAACUUAAACGAUUCGUUUGAAAUUCAACACACGGACAAAUCCGAAAAUAUUUGUUAUAUAUUCUAUAUUUUAGAAGAUUUAUUGAAGAGAAAUAAUCGUUAUAAGAAUUUAUUGAGUCAGAACAGUUCGCAAACGUCGCAAGACGAGAAGAGGAUUUUGAAAAAGAGUUCGUUGACAGAGAUUUGGCGGAAAAAGUGGAAUUUGACGAAAACUGAUAUCUGUGAAGGUGCCUUGGAAAAGAAAUGUUCCUUGACGAAAUGCAGUGACGUUUUGAAUAAAAUAAUAGUUCAAGCAAUGGAGGGUUAUAGUCUUAUAUCGUUUGCUGCCCUGCAAUGUUUUAAUUUAUUGCAAAAUUGAAAUAAAUUUUUGUUGUUUUUUUUUAUUUCCAUCACGC